AUGCCUCCCAAAGGUCUAUCAACCGCGGCCAAUCCGAUCCGGCUUCAGUCGGUGAAGAAGCUCAAGAUCAUGCGGCCGCAAGUACAAGAGACCAGCCAGUGUACUGGUCCAAUGUCUGCCAUGCUGACCUGUUGGGCAUCAUCAGCCUCUCAAACCGCUCAAGGCGCCCUAUCGUGCAUGGCCCUGGAGCAAGCCCUACGCGAAUGCAUGGAUUUCAACAAGAGGCAACAACCGAAGAAGAACGACAUCAAUUACCACCUACAGAGAUUGUACCCGAAGAUUAGUGGUCCGAAGAAGAGGCAGGGCGUCCUGAAAUGA